UUUCAGGCCAUUACCGCCUUUGGACGUCCUGCUGUCGUUUCGUCGCUGACAGAAGAAGAUAACAUAUUUGGAUACGACAACGCAGUCAUGAAUGCUCUUCAUAGCAUUUUUGUGAUCCUGGUGCUAAGUUCCCAUGGAAUCUAUGGCCAGGAGAUAGGACUUUGCAGAGAGUGCGCAAAACGUCGCCGCGGGUUGUUUUCUCGCGCCGGAGAGGAGUGCAACUCCGAGUCGGUCGCUGCACGUAGCUGCUGAACGUUCAAGAACAACACACGAACGUCUCGUUCGAGCAUGAGCGGCAUCGUCGACUCGCCGCUAACCUUCCAGCCUACGUCGCCGUUCGGUUCUCGGACCGACACGAGUAUGGGAAAUGACUCUGUGAUAGAAUGUGUGCACAACAUUGACACAGGAACGGUUGACAUUUACAUGUCCUACAACGCGGCUACUGGCAAGAGCAACAGCCGACUUGCCAGGCCAAAAGAUGGCGUCAUACUGCAGAGUUCGUCGUACAAUGGCGGAAUUAUCCGCUGCAGGUUCCUCAGAGCCAAGUCUGUCUCUGGCAACAACCUCGUCUUUGAUCUCAACCACCCCUGGCAUCUACUGAUGGCUAACGGAGAGGCAUAUACAGGCGGUCUGCACAUGCAUUCACUCGCGCCACCUCCGACCAGCUCCAAGGAGAAGGUGAAUCUACUUGCGACGGACAUCGGCGGAGGAGGACAGGACAACACGGCUGCCCUGCGCAAGGCCCACGCUGCCUUGAUGGUCAUCGGAUGGGUGUUCUUCGUGUCUCUGGGAAAAUUGACCGCUCGUUACUACAAGAACACGUGGGAUACCAAGUUGUUUGAACUGCACCUGUGGUUCCAGAUACACAGGACGUGCAUGGUGACAGCAUGGAUCUGCUUCGUCAUCAGUACCAUCAUCAUCAUCUAUGCAGUCGGAGGCUGGGUGACAUCGUCAGACGCGGCGUACACUCACUCCAUUGUCGGCAUCAUCGCUGUCUGCCUCGGCUUCGUACAGCCGUUCAUCGCUCUGUGCCGUUGCCACCCAGGCACCAGCAGUCGCCCGUGGUUCAACUGGAUUCACUGGGGCGUCGGUACGGUUGCCCACAUCCUGGCAGUGGUUGCAAUCUUCCUCGCGAUUGCGUUCCUGCACGGCAAUGACGCAAUGCCGUUCUACCUGUUCUGCAUCAUGGGCGCCUUCAUCCUGUGGCACGUCUUUGUUGAGAUCAUCCUUGAGAUUCACGCCUGCAUAGUCUACAGGAAGCAGAAGAAGACCGAGGUACAGAUGAGACCUGUCAAUCAAGGAACCUUCACCAUGACUGUGGAAAGACCCAGACCAAAGGGAAGCGCCUUCCAAAAGCUGAUGAUGUUCCUGUACGUCAUCGUCAGCUUUAUUCUCACCGUCAUCAUCGUCGUGCUGCUCAUGGUGAAGUGGGGCAGCACCUACUAACUUGCGUGCGUCCCGCCCGCCGCCCCGCCCGCCGAACGACCCACCAGACACGAACACACAUCCACCGCAGGCGCGGGAGCUUACGCGGGCGUGAACGGACACGGAGGAACACACCCUGCGUCGUCUACGAGAGCAGCUUCAGGAACCGCGCCCGCCGCGCGUCGGUACCUUCAGGAACUACGCCCGUCGCGCGUCGGUACCUUCAGGAACCACGCCCGCCGCGCGUCGGUACCUUCAGGAACCGCGCUGGCCACACGUCGGUACCUUCAGGAACCACACCCGCCGUGCAUCGGUCCCUUCAGGAACCGCGCUCGCUACGCGUUGGUACCUUCAGGAACUGCGCACGCGGUACCUUUGAUGAUGAUUAUUUUCCGUCUGGUGACCCGCCGUGUCACAGUUCAACGGCGCCAUGGCAAUGACGAGGUCGCGCUGCCGGUUCGGUUUCCCGUCGUGCCGCGGUGUUGCCUUCUAGUAACGAGAAUUUGAUACAGAUACUGAACAAUGGAAUAAUAAGGGAACGAUAGGAAUGUGAUGUCUUAAUCUAAUGCGCAUAGUAAUAUAUAAGUCACGGCCCUUCUGCAGUGAUGAUGGUUGGACUACGGGGUAGGUAUCCACAGGUGCUUAACACCCAUGAAUGAUUGUGGAGUGGUUUGCUAUCUCAACAUUUUGUAAUUGAUGUUUAUUAUUAUUCUCACGAACGUAGUACCGAAGUGUUUUAUUCGAGGUAACAUAUUAGGCGAUGGAAUGCCUAUAUGAUAGUUUUUUAAACGGUCAACACAAGAGAUUUUGAUUUUUAAACCUGAGUAUAUAUAUCUAAUAGUGUAUUUUAAUGUGGAACUUUCUAUAAAGCUACUGCAUGACAAGGUUAGUAGUCAUCCUUUCUUCCUGACCCUAGCACAAUUUAUAUGAUGAAAUAUUAAAUGUCUGGAUUAAAUGGCAUCUUGUAGAUGUGGCGAGAAAGUGACCGUAGUAAUAGAAACUUCAAUGGCAGCUGUAUCAUUAGGAGCAUUCGGUAGAUGACCUUACAAUGGGUCAAAACAAUGCUUCCAUUGUCUCUAAUAGAGAUUCUGGAAAACAUUCUUUUUACCAAGUGAUAUAAUUUCAGCAAUCUCAAACAUCGCGAUCAGUGAGCUCAGUUCGUCUGUCCAUAUAUAUUAUAUAUCUGUUAUAUUAUAUCAAGAGUGUAUUAAGUAUGCUCAAUACGCUCUUGAUUAUAUGUAUAGACAGACGAAUUUUUUUUACCAUGAGCUUUUGUGGCUACAAGAUUUGUAAUGAUAUAAUAAGUAUAUAAGAUGCCUAUGAAUAAUAUGCUUUUAACGAACAUAUCGGCUACACUAUGGCUACACGUAAAAACCGAUAGGUUCGUGUUAUAGCAUGUGCGUUUUUCAAUGAUGCUUUACAUCAUAUCAUUUAACCACAAUUAAUUUUAUUGGUCUUAGAGGUGUGCGUCUUAAAAACAUCCUGCAAAUGCAUUGUGUAUGAAUCUGUAGUAAUAUUGGUAUUCGUUGUUGGUAUUUAUAGUGAUGUUUAAGUCUUUGUAAUAAGCAUAAUAAGCAUAAUAAGCAUAAUUAUAAGGUUUAAUUGUUCUCCUGACGUGAUUGCACGCUACAACUCAACUGAACCCAUACGUCCAUGUUUCAAGUGAUGCAAGAGUAAUAUUCAGAGUAGCUAUCUAGAUAUAUACCGUAUAGUUUUAUAAAUUUGUAUUUGUGCAAAGAUCGUUGAGAAAUGUACAUCGUUUGUGCAUUCUGGCAAAUAUUUUUACAGAUUUCGAACUCGUGAGUUAAGGGGCGAAAUUGUCAUGCUAUAAUUGUAGUGGGGACAUAUUGGGUGAAAGUAGUGUCAUGAUAGUGAAUCGUUAUUGUUGAAAUAUCGAAAUUUUGAUAUUUUGCCUCACAACUUCGGAACUCCAGUUUUCAAGGGCAGCAUCAGUGUCUGCGUGGCACCUUGUAAUGCAGUGUUAAGUGACAGUAAGCCGUGAUGCAUCUACACGUACAUGUCCGCUAUCACAAACACGUCCACACGUACAUGUCCGCUAUCACAAACACAUCUACACGCACAAGUGUGUAGGUAUGUUCCUGCUCUUGCUCAUGUACGUGCAUUGUUUCAUGAUAUUUAGUAAUAAACUCGUGUCAUAAAAUGGCCGUGACCAUUGCGAGUGACAUUUUUUUAUUAAACAUAUCAGGUCCACACCCUAAUAUGGGAGGGAGAGUUUCCCAUCCUAGUAGUUACUCCACUGUGAAUGAGAAGAGAUAUGUGGAAGAAUCCCUAGCAUACGGGACGUCUGGCAAUGUUAUCUUAAUAGUGAUCUAGUACCUUUUGAGCCUUUUCCGAAGAUUAUGGUGUCGUUUUGCCUGUAUGUUGUUAUUAUGGUUUGAUGUCCCGUGAACGUGUGUCUGUGGUGUUGUCAUUUUAGAUCACAUUUGUAUUUUCUACAGUGAAUUUUAUGUUGUACCUAUAUUUAGCAAACCCUGAUUGAUGUGUGGAGUUUUUAUAAAGAAAUGACCGCCUCACUUGCCGUAAAAACGGCUCACGCCAACACUUAUUCAAAAAAUGUCACGCAAUAUGACGCCAUGAAUUAACGUGUGCUACUAUUACAGAGUAUAAAUAGGAACAUUUCCAAACGCUUAGAAUAAGAAUGCUAGAUUUAUUCCUUCGUUUGAAGCAUCCGCAGUGACAAGCAAUGUAAUAUUUGUUUAUUCACCAUGUGUUGACAUACGUGUGAAACAAAUCUACAUUUUUACUUGACUACAGACUUUUACCAUUAUUGUCUAUCAGUGUGAUGAUGUAGUAAUUCCAAUGUUACCCAUAUAGUAUGCGAAGAGAAUCUUCAUACGAUUUGUAAGGACUCAAUAAAUGCAUAUCACCCAUACAUGUACUAACGUGAAUGGUUUAAAUUCAUUGAAACACAUUCGAUGUACUUCGUUUGCUGGAUAAGAGAGACUUUACUGUCGUAGCAUACUAUAGGAAGUAAGCAUACUUGGGUAGUAGUAUAUACUUACUAUGUUCAUGGUCGUGGUACGUGUUUUUUUCCCUGCAUCUGUGUAAAGUGUAAUUCAGUAGAAGUAAAGCUAGUUUUAGACGACUGAUGGGUUGUCCGUUGUUAUAUUAUGUAGCGCGUCCUGUCUUGUACAUUAUGUGACAUUGUUGCGCCUGUUCGUUCAGGUGACGCAGUUGUUAGACGGCACCUGCGUUUGAUCUGGUAAAUGAAAUUGGAAAUCAAAUUCCUAAUAAAUAAAUUAGAUAACGCGGCCUA